GGAUCCGGCGGCGGCUCCCGAGCUCGGCGGUGCGGCCUUCCCCGCCCCCUCCUCCCCCGCCCGCUUCCGCCCGGCUUAUUAUCCUCCUUAUUGACAAACAGAGCGGCCGCGGCGGCGACUCUCGGCGUGCGUUUGUAGCCAAGCCAUGGGAGACAAGAAGAGCCCGACCAGGCCGAAGCGGCAGCCGAAGCCGUCCUCGGAUGAGGGUUACUGGGACUGUAGCGUCUGCACCUUCCGGAACAGCGCCGAGGCCUUCAAGUGCAUGAUGUGCGAUGUGCGGAAGGGCACCUCCACCCGAUCCACAUUCUUUGAAGUUAUUGUGAAUGCCUCGAGGACCAAGGAACCGUUGAAAUUUCCAAUUUCAGGAAGGAAACCUCGACCUGUCUCCCAGUUGGUUGCCCAGCAGGUUACUCAGCAGUUUGUGCCCCCUACACAGUCAAAGAAAGAGAAAAAAGAUAAAGUAGAAAAAGAAAAAAGUGAAAAGGAAACAACUAGCAAAAAGAACAGUCAUAAGAAAACCAGGCCAAGAUUGAAAAAUGUGGAUCGGAGUAGUGCUCAGCAUUUGGAAGUUACCGUUGGAGAUCUGACAGUCAUUAUUACAGACUUUAAGGAGAAAACGAAGUCCCCGCCUGCAUCUAGUGCUGCUUCUGCAGAUCAACACAGUCAGAGUGGCUCUAGCUCUGAUAACACAGAGAGGGGAAUGUCCAGGUCAUCUUCACCCAGAGGAGAAGCCUCAUCAUUGAAUGGAGAAUCUCAUUAAAGUUUAUUUUCUCCAGUUUCUUCAUCACUUCUGUCAUAACAUGCAAAUACACAGAUUAUGCCAAGAAGUACCACAUUUUCAUGACAAACAUUCAUGCACAAUCCAUAAUUUGCGUUUUACACAAAAUAGAAAUUUGUUAGAAUUUGUUAGACUUCAUUGCAAUCUAUGCCUACCAAACAAACCUUUUCAGACCUGACAUUUUGGUCUCCACAGUUCAAGGUGCCAUGAAAAUGUGGUUGAAUUAUUCAUUAUGCAGUGUUAUUGGUAAGUCUAUUUUCACUUUUAGUUUAGUGAAUUCUAACACAUAAUUCUUGAAUUCUCCACUAUUGGCAUGUAACGAAUUUAAAUUUUUAUAACAUAGUGCAAGCUGCCUAAAUAUGUAUUAUUUGAGAAUUGUGAACGAAUAGUUAUAUGUAUACAAGUCAAAGAUCAACUUAAUCAACUAUUGCUGCAACAGGAUUUUCUUAAUGGUUAUCCUCUUAAAUACACCUGCUGGUACUUGGUGUGGUUAAAUAGGAAAAAUUGUUAUUAAAUAAAGAAUUUGUAUGAACCGUUGCCAAUGUUUUUGACACAUUUUACUAAAUUAUUGUUCCUGAAUUAUGUUUCUGGUUUUAUCUUUGUUUUUGUUUUUGUUUAUCUUUAAAGCAUUCAUUAUUGUAAUGUUUACUAGCAGAGUAGUAAACAAUAAAACAUUGAUUAUUUAGCUUUAUAAUUCAGGUUUAGUGGUCUUAUCAUUGAACACUGGUAUUUUCUGUAUAAUAUAAAACUUUAAAGUUCAAAUAAUUAUAAGCAUUUGGCAAAAACAGAAAAGAAACCUGACAUAUUUUAAAGGCUGCAAUUUUGGAAAAGCUUUAACUUAAUAAUAGUUUAUCACUGUUGUCUUGCCCCAAACUUGUGCAGGGUCAUAGAAGUAUGAAUCUAAUUAAUACAGAAAUGGAACUGUUUCACAGAACUGGGAAAUAACUAAUUUUAAAUCAGUUUAAUUGGCCUCAGAUUCUUAUGAAAGUCAUAGUGCCCUAUUUUCAGACACAAAUGCCAGUUUAUGCAUUUAUCAAUAUUCCUGAAAUAAAAGUAUUUACAGCCCCACUUACUAUUAUGUAAAAUUACCAAUAAAAUAUUUUUAUGACUACAGAUUUUGCAGUUUUGUUCACAACUAAUAAUGUGUUUCAUGUUGUAUUUAAAAAUCCAACCUAGAAACCACACAGUACUUUUCAAAUUUUUCUAGGGUCUCCUGCUUCUUUUAGCCAUUUGUUUAAUAUAUAUCCACCUCUAGGAGACUUCUGAAAUAUAAGUUAAAAACAUAGCUUAGAUACAAAAUAUCACUUAAAAGCACUAUGAUUGCAUUUGAAGAACAGAAAAAACAAAACUGUAGACCCUGACAGUUGUGAUAUUUGGUGGUUUCUCGUGGUAAUGUAAUUUUCUGUUUAAUUGCAGUACUUUUUCCAGGCACAAUGGGACUGUCUUUUUUGUAAGAUGCUAGUUGUGAAAUACAGUUACUUGCAUACAGUAAAAGUCUGUGAUUAAAACAUUUAUAUACCUCAUUCUUUAGUGUUGUUAAAUGAAAAAUUAAAGUUUGUUUUUAUCAUAUGAUGCUUUCAGUGGAACCCCAGUGAACUGGUUAUGUUCUUUUAAAACACAAAAAAUUUUUGCUAUAUUUUAUUGCUUUUUAUGUUUUUCAAAUGUUUUAAAUUUUAGACAUAGUAAAAAUUACAAGUAAUAAUUGUAAUAGGGAAAAUCUUCCAAUUUUUAAGUCAAAACUGUGCUUGGAGGCACUAGGUCUUAUGAUGAUCAAAUUCUUUCUGGAUGUAUUUUAAAUGGACUGUGGGAGAGAAAGAAUCUUGACAGAGAUGGGAUUUUACCUGAAUGGAGCGUAGUCAUUUUUUCAUAAGAUGGGGGUGGCAGAGAUAGUAUAGUGUGGAAAUUUAGUGUGCUAACUGGUAUCUGAUGCUUUGUAUCCCGGUUGUAGAACCUAAGUGAGCUUGAGUAAACGACUUGAGGUCAUGUCCCAUCUAUUAUAUAGGGGUAACGGUAAUCAAUCUAACUGAUCGAGUCGUGGGGAGGAUUUAAUGUCAAUCCAUAUAAAAUUCUUAACAACUAUAUGGCGCACACUGGCUGAUCAGUAAAUGAGCCUUUACUAUCUUUAUCGGUAAAAUCCCAUUACAAAAACAAAUUGUUUCUACACCCUCUUGGAUGACCAAAAGGAAUUGUGUUCUGUAAGUUACACUGAAUUUUCUACAUCUGAUGUUUGCUCCGAUCCCAGACCAGCCAACUUUCUGUAAUUAAAGAACCUGAUGGAAUGCUAUAUGAGGCAGGACAACUGAA